AUGGCAUCGCCUGCCGCAUCUACCGGCUCAACGAAAAUUGACGCCGCCAUAAAAAAGGUAGCUCCGGACACACCAGAAAAACUCAGCGGCGUCGCUCUAUAUUCGAGAUUUGCUCUAGCAGGCGCCGUAUGCUGCUCCAUUACUCAUGGAGGUCUAACGCCUGUUGAUGUGGUAAAAACUCGAAUACAGCUUGAUCCUGCAACUUACAACAAAGGACUUAUCGGAGGAUUCCGUCAGGUCAUAGCAAAGGAGGGUGCGGGCGCUUUAUUAACUGGAGCUGGACCAACAUUCGCUGGUUACUUCCUACAAGGCGCAUUUAAAUUUGGAGGCUACGAACUUUUUAAACAACAAUUCAUAAAUUAUCUAGGAUAUGAGACGGCCUCAGCAAACCGCACAGCUGUGUACCUUGCAUCUUCAGCCACUGCUGAAUUCUUUGCUGAUAUUGCUUUGUGUCCUCUCGAGGCUACUCGAAUCCGGCUUGUAUCAGACCCAAAUUAUGCAAGCGGUCUUAUAAGCGGGUUCAGCAAAAUGCUAAAGAACGAAGGUAUCGGUGCUUUCUAUGCAGGAUUUGGCCCUAUUUUGUUCAAGCAGGUUCCAUAUACAAUGGCCAAGUUUGUCGUUUAUGAGAAGGUUGCCGAAGCCAUAUACCAAAAAGUUGAUAAGAGUACCACUUCAAAUGGAAUGCAAACCACCAUCAACCUUGGAUCAGGUCUUAUCGCUGGUUUUGCCGCAGCGCUUGUCUCUCAACCUGCUGACACAAUGCUGAGCAAGAUCAACAAGACAAAAGGACUCCCUGGAGAGGGAACUACUAGCCGUCUUAUCAAAAUUGCGAAGGAACUUGGGCUUAAGGGCUCAUACACUGGAAUUGGCGCACGUUUGUUCAUGGUUGGGACGUUGACUGCUGGUCAAUUUGCCAUAUACGGCGAUGUUAAAAAGGCUCUCGGUGCGACUGGUGGUGUGGAGAUUUCAAAGUAA